AUGGUCUUCCCCUCGACCAGGUCCCUCCCCAGGGAUGAAGAGCUGGACAGCUGCCUUUUCAGAACCAGACACCAGUACCACGAAGGGGAAGGGGAAUCGGUCAAUCAGGAAGCCAAAGGCCGCAUUCCUCACGCCGCGGCCAGAGCGCAGCCCCGGACCCCGCCCCGCCCCGCCCCGCCCCUCCAGCGCCCGGAGCCCGAGCCUGAGCCCGUGCGGGCGCCCCCUGGCGGCUGCCCCAUUCCUCACGCCGCGGCCAGAGCGCAGCCCCGGACCCCGCCCCGCCCCGCCCCGCCCCUCCCGCGCCCGGAGCCCGAGCCUGAGCUCGUGCGGGCGCCCCCUGGCGGCUGCCCCAUUCUUCACGCCGCGGCCAGAGCGCAGCCCCGGACCGGACCCCGCCCCGCCCCGCCCCUCCCGCGCCCGGAGCCCGAGCCUGAGCCCGUGCGGGCGCCCCCUGGCGGCUGCCCCACUCCGUGCCCAGCGCGCCUUUUGGGUCUGGGAGUCCCCUCCCGCUCUUCACCGGGAAGCGUCCGGCCUCCCCGCACCAUUGCUGCAGCCCCACUCCUCCGGCGUUUUCAGUUUUGUUAUUUGCUCCCAAUGAAAACAGGUAAAAAGCUUUCACGGUCCCUCAGAGCCUUGGUGACCAAACACCCCGCCCCCGGGCGGCUUCCUCUCCCGGCCUCCCCGUCCCCCCGGGCGCGGCCUUGGCCCUCUGUAACGCCCGCACCCUUCCGCGCUCCCGCCGCGGCUCCCGGCGCCCGGGGUCGGCUCCCGCGCAGGCGCCUCAGGCCUCGGCCCCGCUGCCGCCUCGGCCCUGCCCGCCCGCACGGCGGCCCUGCGGAGGGCUCAGCGGAGGAAACGCAGCGCGCCCGUGUCCCUGCAGCUCUGGGUUGGAAACUGAGAGAAAAUGGGCCAAAGGAGGUCUGCAGGAGUGUCCGCCCGGCCCGCCGGAUAACGCGCCGCUCCCCCGUAGUGCGGACCAGGCUCCUAGGGGGAGUCGAGGCCCCAAGAAAGUCUACAACCGCUGGGCUGGGGGUCUCCGCGGCGGGGUGGAAACCACUCGGAUCGCACGCACCAGCACGUGCGCAGCUGCGCCCACGUGGAACCACCGCGGGACCAGACACUGAAAGGCAACUGGAGCAUAUUUCUGGACACAACCCUGGAGAGAGAGUGAGAGGGUGCGGACAGGAGCUCUCCUGUUCCUGUGCCAGCACACACAGAGGAGCAUUGAACAUGUCCCGCGCAGGUGUGGUUGUCUCUUCACCUUGCUGAUUGUUUCCUUGGCUGUGCAGAAGCUUCUCGGCUUGAUGGGAUCCUAUUUGUUCAUCUUUUUGCUUUGGUUGCCUGUGCUUUGGGGGUAU